GUAAUUACUGUCCACACUAGUAAAAGUUAAUGUCUUUAGUGCCUGUUUCACAUAACUCUAGAAAGAUGGAGCUGCAUGUGUUUAUUUUCAUGCUUGCUGUACUUGUUUCCUCCAAGAGUACUGCUGCACAUUAUGAUUUUCAUUUUACUGGAUGCUCUGAUACAGAGAAAGAAUAUAUGUUUGGAUUUGAUGGAGAGGAAAUAUUUCAUUCAGACUUCAUUAAAAAACAAGGAGUAGUAACACUGCCUGAGUUUUCAGAUCCCAUCAACUUUCCUGGAUUUUAUGAACAGAGUCUUGGGAACCUAGAAUUGUGUAAACAAGACAUACCCAAGCUCAUCAAAAUUUACAAAAAUCCUCGUGAGGAAAUGGACAAACCUGAGUCUUCCAUCUAUGCUGAGAAUGAUGUGCAGCUGGGUGUUGAAAACGUCCUCAUCUGUCAUGUAAGUGGACUCUUCCCUCCACCUGUCAAUAUCUCUUGGUCUAAGAACAAUAUUGAAGUGACAGAGGACGGGGGUCUCAGCCAGUAUCGUAGAAAUAACGAUGGCACCUUCAACAUCUUCUCCACUAUAACAUUCACACCUGAAGAGGGAGACAUUUAUAGCUGUACUGUGAACCACAAAAGUCUUGAUCAACCUAAGACCAAAACAUGGGAUGUAAAUAUUGCUCUGCCCAGUGUUGGUCCAGCUGUGUUUUGUGGUGUGGGUUUGGCUCUGGGACUGCUGGGAGUCGCUCUUGGUACUUUCUUCCUCAUAAAAGGAAACAACUGCAACUGACAAACAUGGAGGCAAAUUUAAAAAAUAAUUUGUAAUUAUAGUAAUGACACUCAUUAUCAAAUGACAUCAGUGGAAUUGAAAUGCAGUGCAUCAUUCUGUUUAAAACUUGUCACUUUAAAUGUUGAAUGUGAAAUGUUGGCAGCACAAAUAUUUCUCAAUAAUACCCAAUUACUCAAGAAUGCUGCAAUCCACCUUUGCUUAAAAAAAUUAAAUUUCUAGGGGUUACCAAUUAAAGAAAAUUUUUGAAUGAAUCCAACUUUCACUUUUAACAGUGUAUAACAACAUGCUUUUUAUUAAAAUGUAAUGAAGUGGUAGUUGAUCUUUGGCUACAUUUUUAACUUAUCCCAAAUAUUCUCUUAAUAUCACACUUUAAAUAUGAAUUUGAACUAUUUAGAUUUUUUGGGUAAUUUCUGGAUUUCCAUUAAUCUUAAGUUACUACCUGUUCUUUUUGUAAUUGUUUGUUGUAAUUUCUUCAUUUGCACAGUCUUAUAUAUUUUAGAACACACCAAUUAAAAAUUUUCAUCUCUAU